GAACACAACGUCAGAAACAUAAGAGAUAACAAAAUGGCAGUGUCAUCACAUCAUGUGGUUCUCUUUCCUUACAUGGCCAAGGGCCACACAAUCCCUCUCCUCCAGUUCGCCCGUCUCCUCCUCCGUCACCGCCGCAAACAAUCAACCAUCUCCGUCAUCACCGUCACCGUCUUCACCACUCCUAAGAACCAACCUUUUGUCUCCGACUUCCUCUCCGACACGCCGGAGAUCAAUGUCUUCUCUCUCCCUUUCCCGGAAAAUAUCUCCGGCAUCCCUUCCGGCGUCGAGAACACCGAAAAGCUCCCGUCCAUGUCACUUUUUGUACCCUUCACGCGCGCCACAAAGCUUCUCCAACCUUUCUUCGAAGAAUCACUAAAGAAUCUUCCAGAAGUUUCCUUCAUGGUCUCAGAUGGAUUCCUCUGGUGGACAUCGGAAUCUGCAGCUAAGUUCAAGAUUCCAAGAUUGGUCUUCUACGGCAUGAACUCUUAUGCCUCUGCCGUCUCCAUCUCUGCGUUCAAACAUAAACUCUUCACCGAAUCACCGGACACUGAAUCUGAUACAGAACCGAUCACUGUACCGGACUUUCCAUGGAUACGGGUCAAGAAGUGCGAGCUCAACCUUGAUAACCAAUCUGGUCCAGCGGCCGAACUAUUCAUGGACCAAAUCAUGUCGAUAACUACAAGCCAUGGGUUUCUAGUAAAUAGCUUCUACGAGCUUGAGAAAACAUUCGUUGAUUACAACAACUCCGAAACACCAAAGUCAUGGUGUAUUGGGCCAUUGUGUUUGACUGAUUCCCCUAAACCGGAGGGUGCUAAACCGGAUUGGAUUCAUUGGUUGGACAAGAAAGGAGAGGAAGGACGUCCAGUCUUGUACGUGGCGUUUGGAACACAGGCAGAGAUAUCAAACAAGCAACUCAAGGAACUAGCAUUAGGCUUAGAAGAUUCCAAGGUAAAUUUUUUAUGGGUCACAAGAAAAGACGUGGAAGAGAUUAUUGGAGAAGGAUUCAAAGAUAGAAUAAGAGAAACUGGGAUGAUAGUGAGAGAUUGGGUGGACCAGUGGGAGAUAUUGUCACAUGAAAGUGUGAAAGGUUUUUUGAGUCAUUGUGGAUGGAACUCAGCACUAGAGAGUAUAUGCGUUGGGGUCCCAUUGUUGGCUUGGCCGAUGAUGGCUGAGCAACCACUGAAUGCGAAGAUGGUAGUGGAAGAGAUAAAGGUUGGUGUAAGAGUUGAAACCCAAUGUGGGGUUGUGCAAGAACUCGUGACAAGAGAGGAACUAAGUCGAAAGGUUCAAGAACUAAUGGAAGGAGAAACGGGGAAAACAGCAGGAAAGAAUGUAAAAGAAUACUCAAAAAUGGCAAAAGCAGCGUUGAUCCAAGAGACUGGUUCAUCUUGGAAGAAUUUAGAUUUGCUUUUUGAAAAGUUAUGUAAGAGUGGAGAGACAAAAGAGGCUAAUAACUAGUAAGUAUAUGAAGACUGAGGACUGGUUAACUACUUAACCAGGCUUAGACCGGUUGGUAUAAUCAAAUCAAUAUAUCCAAUAUAUGUAUAAGUUUUGUUU